ACCAACUUCCUGUAAUUCUAUCCUUAUGGGUAAAAAUAUUAGUGGUCAAACUCUGCUGGAGAAAGUAUAGGCACCGUGAUUCACAUAGUUAAAUGUUCAUUUAGUAGAGCUGGAGUGAAAAAAUACUGUUUCAACUUGAAAUGCUAGAAGAUUGUUGUUCUUGUGUUACUCAUUCAUGCAAAUUGGAGAAGGUAUAAUUGAAACAAGGUUGGCAGUGUUUGAGGCAGUGUGCUGCAGCUGAGCUCAGCUUAAAGGUCGCUGGAAAUCAAGUGCUUUGUAAGUGAAGGCAUUUUGACUACACGCGAUUCAAAAAUAUUUGGAAACGUCAGUCUCAGGAAUGGGUCGUCUUUUUCUUUCUAUGAUAUCUGGUAUCUAAGGUUUUACUUAGGAUAAAGACUACUACUUAAGAGCUCUUUUAGGCACCACAAAUGAUUUUUUCCUUCGAUGCAGUGCAGCUGCUUCUAGCCUGUCUCCCGACAGAGAUCUUUGUUAUGACUUUCAGCCCUUAACAUGUUUGGAAAUGAGAACAAAUGGCACAAAGCUUACGAUUGCACUUUGCAGCCAGAAGAAGCAAUACUUAUCCUUUGUCAGAGACCUCCGGAGAUGAUCUGGAUAACAAUGUUCACAUGUGCUUCAAAAGACCAACACGGAUUUCAACGUCUAACGUUGUUCAAAUGAAGCUGACUCCUAGACAGACUGCACUAGCUCCGUUAAUACAGGAAAACGUUAAGUCUCAGGAAAGAUCAUCUGUUCCUUCACCUGAAAACGUUAAUAAAAAGAGCAGCUGUCUGCAGAUUUCACUACAGCCAACAAGGUACAGUGGAUGUCUUCAGUCUAGCAAUGUCUUAGCUGAUGGUGAUGAUGCUUCAUUUAUGUGUGUCUUGAAGGACGGUGUUUACAACAAUGCUGUGGCUGAUAAUGAACUGAAUGCUGUGAAUGAUGGUAACCAUGUAGGCAGUUCUGCCCUUCGCAGCAGUAGCCUUAGUAACUGUUCCACCAGCGAGAAUGGGUCUUACAGCAGCAAUGGUAGUGAUUAUGGAUCAUGCACAAGUAUCACAAGUGGUGGUUCCUACACAAACAGUAUCAUCAGUGACAGCAGUGGUUAUACUUUUCCACCAACUGAUGAUACUUUUCUUGGUGGAAAUUUAUCUUCCGACAGCACCUCCAACAGAAGUGUGCCAUACAGGAAUACUACUCCCUGUGAAAUUUUUUCAAGAAGUCCAAGUACCGUUCCCUUUGUCCAGGAUGACUUGGAGCACGGACUAGAAAUUAUGAAAUUGCCAGUGAGCAGGAACUCGAAAAUUCCACUAAAACGUUGUUCAUCCUUAGUCAUUUUUCCUAGGAGUCCUUCAAAUACCCCACCAACUUCUCCAACAAGUACAGAUAUUCUUCCGAGCAAAGGAUCCUAUCAAACCUCACACCAGUUUAUAAUUUCUCCUAGUGAAUUUGCCCACAGUGAGGAUGGUCCUGGUGCUAAGGGAUUUCUUUCAACAGCUGUCAAUGGACUUCGGUUAUCUAAAACAAUCUGUACUCCCGGAGAAGUAAGAGACAUACGACCACUUCACAGGAAGGGCUCAUUACAAAAGAAAAUUGUUAUUGCAAAUAACAGUCCGAAUCAGACUAUCUGUGAAAAGUCAUCUGAAGGAUAUUCUUGUGUUUCAGUGCAUUUCACCCAACAAAAAGCACCUACGUUAGAUUGUGAAACAGCAAAUGGUGAUUGUAAACCAGAGAUGUCAGAAAUUAAGCUUAAUUCUGAUUCAGAGUGCAGUAAGCUUAUGCAUAGGACAUCUGCACGUUUACCAUCCUCCCAAAAUGUAGAUUACCAAAUAAAUAUCAAUGGACAGUUGGAAAGACCAAAUUUACAGAUCAACAAAAAUCAUGCUGUUUUACAAAGAAGUAUUUCAUUGGGAGGAACUUAUCCAAAUGUUUCCUGUUUAUCCAGCCUUAAGCACAAUUGUUCUACGGGGGGACCAUCGCAAUUACUCAUAAAGUUUGCAUCUGGAAAUGAAGAUAAAGUUGAUAAUUUAUCAAGAGACAGUAACAGAGAUUUCACAAAUAAACUAUCUAAUUCUUUAAAGCAUUCUUGUAAGACAAGAGAUGAUUUCCUAGGUCAAGUGGAUGUUCCUCUUUAUCCAUUACCGACAGAAAAUCCAAGAAUGGAGAGACCAUAUACGUUUAAGGAUUUUGUUCUUCACCCAAGAAGUCACAAAUCAAGAGUUAAAGGUUAUCUGAGAUUAAAAAUGACUUAUUUACCUAAAACCAGUGGCUCAGAAGAAGAUAAUACAGAACAGACUGAAGAAUUAGAGCCUGGCUGGGUUGUUUUGGACCAACCGGAUGCUGCUUGCCAUUUGCAGCAACAACAAGAACCUUCUCCUCUACCUCCAGGAUGGGAAGAGAGGCAGGAUAUUCUUGGAAGGACCUACUAUGUAAACCAUGAAUCUAGAAGAACACAGUGGAAAAGACCAACCCCUCAGGACAGCCUAACGGAUGCUGAGAAUGGUAAUAUUCAACUGCAAGCACAACGUGCAUUUACCACAAGGCGGCAAAUAUCUGAGGAGACAGAAAGUGUUGAUAAUCGAGAGUCUUCCGAGAACUGGGAAAUUAUAAGAGAAGAUGAAGCCACCAUGGAUAGCAAUCGGGCCUUCCCAUCACCUCCGGCAUCAAAUAACUUGGAUGUUCAAACUCAUCUUGCAGAAGAAUUGAAUGCCAGACUCACUAUGUGUAGAAAUUCAGCCACCGGACAGCCAGUAUCCAGCUCAAAUCAUUCCAGCAGAAGAGGCAGCUUACAAGCCUAUACUUUUGAGGAGCAGCCUACACUUCCUGUGCUUUUGCCUACUUCAUCUGGAUUACCACCAGGUUGGGAAGAAAAACAAGAUGAAAGAGGAAGAUCAUAUUACGUAGAUCACAAUUCCAGAACUACUACCUGGACAAAGCCCACUGCACAGGCCGCCGUGGAGACAGGUCAGCUGCAGCCCGGCCAGGGUGCCACACGCCCUCAACCACAGGUCCUCCCGAGUGAUUCAGCACAGCAGGUGACCCAGCCAGCUGAAAUGGAGCAAGGAUUCCUUCCUAAAGGCUGGGAAGUCCGGCAUGCACCAAAUGGGAGGCCUUUCUUUAUCGACCACAACACGAAAACCACUACCUGGGAAGAUCCAAGACUGAAAAUUCCAGCUCAUCUGAGAGGAAAGACAUCACUUGAUUCUUCCAAUGAUCUGGGGCCUUUACCUCCAGGAUGGGAAGAAAGAACUCAUACAGAUGGAAGAAUCUUCUAUAUAAAUCACAAUAUAAAAAGAACACAAUGGGAAGAUCCCCGGUUGCAGAAUGUAGCAAUAACUGGACCAGCAGUGCCCUACUCCAGGGAUUACAAAAGAAAGUAUGAGUUCUUCCGAAGAAAGUUGAAGAAGCAGAAUGACAUUCCAAACAAAUUUGAAAUGAAACUUCGCCGUGCAACUGUCCUUGAGGACUCUUACCGGAGAAUUAUGGGUGUCAAGAGAGCAGAUUUUCUCAAGGCUAGACUGUGGAUUGAGUUCGAUGGUGAAAAGGGAUUAGAUUAUGGAGGAGUGGCCAGAGAAUGGUUCUUCUUGAUCUCAAAGGAAAUGUUUAACCCUUAUUAUGGGUUGUUUGAAUAUUCUGCUACGGAUAAUUAUACCCUGCAGAUAAAUCCAAACUCUGGAUUGUGUAAUGAGGAUCACCUCUCUUACUUCAAGUUUAUUGGCCGGGUAGCAGGAAUGGCAGUUUAUCAUGGCAAACUGUUGGAUGGUUUUUUCAUCCGCCCAUUUUACAAGAUGAUGCUACACAAACCAAUAACACUUCAUGAUAUGGAAUCAGUGGAUAGUGAAUAUUACAAUUCACUAAGAUGGAUUCUUGAAAAUGAUCCAACAGAACUGGACCUCAGGUUUGUCAUAGAUGAAGAACUUUUUGGACAGACACAUCAACAUGAGUUGAAAAUUGGUGGAUCAGAAAUCGUUGUCACCAACAAGAACAAAAAGGAAUAUAUUUAUCUUGUAAUACAGUGGCGAUUUGUAAACCGAAUCCAGAAGCAAAUGGCUGCUUUUAAAGAGGGAUUUUUUGAACUAAUACCACAGGAUCUCAUCAAAAUUUUCGAUGAAAACGAACUAGAGCUUCUUAUGUGUGGAUUGGGAGAUGUCGAUGUGAAUGACUGGAGAGAACACACAAAGUAUAAAAAUGGCUACAGUGUGAACCAUCAAGUGAUACAGUGGUUUUGGAAGGCUGUUCUAAUGAUGGACUCAGAGAAAAGAAUCCGAUUACUCCAGUUUGUCACUGGCACAUCUCGUGUGCCUAUGAACGGGUUUGCGGAACUAUAUGGCUCAAAUGGACCACAGUCAUUUACAGUUGAACAGUGGGGUACCCCUGAAAAGCUGCCAAGAGCCCAUACAUGCUUUAAUCGCUUGGACUUGCCACCCUAUGAAUCAUUUGAAGAAUUAUGGGAUAAACUUCAGAUGGCAAUUGAGAACACUCAGGGUUUUGAUGGUGUUGAUUAGAUUCCAAAUAACAAUCUGGAGUGUUUCACUGCCUCUUUUGUAUAAGCAAAAUCUUGACUUAUGAUUUUCCAGGGAACUACUAAACCUUGGCCAUUGUUUCUUCCCAGAGAGUGGGGAAAAAUCACAUAAAAGCAUACGAAAAAAUAG